AUGGAUAGAAUUCAUGUAACUGUCCGUGCAAGGCCUCUCUCGCCAGAGGACGCCAAAACCAGCCUAUGGAGACUCUCCGGCAACUCCAUUUUCAUUCCCAACCACUCCUCCACGUUCGAAUUUGAUCAAGUAUUCGAUGAAAAUAGUAAAACAUCCGAAGUCUAUGAAACUCGUACCAAAGACAUUGUAGCUGCUGCAGUCAGUGGAUUCAACGGUACUGUUUUCGCUUAUGGACAAACAAAUAGUGGGAAGACUCAUACAAUGCGGGGAUCUAAAGCCGAGCCUGGAGUUAUUCCUCGCGCGGUGCAGGAUUUAUUUCACAUUCUUCAACAAGAUGUUGAUCGAGAGUUUCUUCUUAGAAUGUCAUACAUGGAGAUUUACAAUGAAGAGAUAAAUGAUUUAUUGGCCCCUGAACAUCGAAAACUGCAGAUUCAUGAAAAUAUAGAGCGAGGAAUAUAUGUUGCGGGGCUACGAGAGGAAAUUGUUACCUCUUCUGAGCAAGUUCUUAAUCUCAUGGAGUUUGGAGAGUCCCAUAGACAUAUCGGAGAGACAAAUAUGAAUUUGUACAGUAGUAGAUCCCAUACUAUUUUUCGCAUGAUAAUUGAAAGCAGAGAUAGAAAUCAAGAUGAAAGCACUAGUAGCUCUUGUGAUGCUGUUCGUGUAUCAGCGUUGAAUUUAGUGGAUCUUGCUGGUUCAGAGCGUGCUGCAAAAACUGGAGCAGAAGGUGUACGUCUCAAAGAGGGAUCACACAUAAACAAAAGCUUAAUGACUUUGGGAACUGUGAUUAAAAAAUUGAGUGAAGGCGUUGAGAGUCAAGGGGGUCAUGUUCCAUAUCGAGAUAGCAAGCUUACAAGAAUUUUGCAAUCUGCGUUAGGGGGAAAUGCUAACACAGCUAUAAUCUGUAAUAUCACACUUGCUCAGAUACAUACAGAUGAAACUAAAAGCAGUCUACAAUUUGCAAGCCGAGCUUUGCGUGUUACAAAUUGUGCUAAAAUCAAUGAGAUUAUGACAGAUGCUGCUUUAUUAAAGCGCCAAAAGAAGGAAAUUGAAGAGCUUCGUGCUAAAUUGACGGGUUUUCGUUCAGAGCAUUUGGAAGAGGAGAUUCUGAGCCUUCGAAAUACAUUGUUACAAUCUGAACUAGAAAGGGAACGCAUAGCUUUGGAAUUAGAAGAGAAAAAGAAAACACAAGGUGAAUGGGAAAAGAGAGUGCAUGAGCAAGCCAAGAGAAUUGAAAACUUGAGUUCAAUGGUUUUGUUUUCAAAUAGGGAUGAGAACGUUAAAUAUACUAAAAAGGAGAAGAGGCGUCGGGAUACAUGGUGUCCUGGAAAUAUUUCACAGGCGCAUCUAAAAGAUGUGCAUUCUAGCAUCCACACUGAUGUUUCUACCACAGAGCCUAUUCGACCUAAGCUAGAAAUGGGACCACUUGUUCCUUUCAACAAACUCUUAGAUGAAGAUUUCAAUGUGGACGACUCCUGUAAGAAAGAAGAGGACGAUAAAGGUGAUGCAAAUAACGAUAUACCAAACCCUCGUGCUUUAUUGCUUGUGACAAACAGGAAAAGAGAUUCAUCAUGGAAGAAAAGAUUAUCUAUGCAGGAGGACAACAAAUAUAUACAACAACAAUCAGAAUAUGAUAGUCUUAGAGAGUCAGAGGCUAUUCUUGUUAUCAAGAGACUUCAAGAGCAGAUUAACGUUUUGGAAAUGGAAAAGCUAUCAAGCCAACAGAACCUGGAUACUGUUUAUGAUUUGGCAACCGAGCAGAACGUGAGUGCCAGGGAGAAAAUUGAAGAGCUCAAUGAUGAGCUUAUAAAAGCAAAGGAGGCAGCUCGAGUGGCCAAUGAACAACUUAUUUCCAGUAAAACUGUGAGCUGCAUUGAUGAUGAGAAUGUUGACUUUAUAGCCAGUGUUUCCACGGGAAUCGAAGAUGUAAUGUCCGAAGUACAAAACUCGAAAGAAACUGUUCAAAGUGUUCUUUUGAUGAUUGAUGAUGCGACUAAAAGUUUCUCUGCUCUCUGUCAUACGUUCCUUGGUUUCAAAACCUUAAUAUCUCAGGAUUCUGCCGGACAAAAAUUAAUCUUUAAUGAUUGUCAGAAGUUGAAUUCUUGCUUAACUCAAACAAUAUCCGAGCUUGAGAAUCAGAAGAUUCUUCUGGACAGCCAGUUAUCGAAUAUUCAAAAGUUUCUUGAGGAAUCAAAACUAGAUGCUCAGAACUCUCAUAAUUCUUUGCAGGAACGGUUUGAACAACAAGAAUUGGAAAAUCAAGAUCUGAUUUCUUAUAUCCAAACUCUUGAAAAAGAGAUAGCAUGUUUAACAUCAUCUUCAGUGGCCAAGGAAAAGGAAACUCUAAGAAAAGAUCUUGAGAAGGCAAAAACCAAGAUGAAAGAAACUGAAUCGAAGCUUAAGAUCGCUAUGCAAGAGAAAACAAAACUUGAGGGUGAGAAAGCCUAUGCUGAGCGAGAGAUCAAACGGUUGCAUGGUCAGAACUCGCGUCUUGAACGCGAUAUCAGUAAAUGUGAUUCACUUGCUGGAAAGAGUUCAAAGAUGUUUGAUACUCAAAGACCAAAGGAUCUUCCAUUUUCUCUGGAAGAGUACAAAAAGCUGGAAGUUUAUGCAUUUGAAUCAGAAACACGAAUCACUUCGUUGGAAGAAGAAAUAUCAGUCGCGUUGAAUGAGAAAGAAGAGGUGAUAUCUAUUAACGAAGCUUUGAAUUCAACAUUGGAAGAUUUGUCUGAAAAACUCAGGACAUCAACCUCUGAAAUAUCUGAUUUGAAUGAGGAGAUUUCAGCUGUUAAACAAAGAUUGGAAGAAUUUGACAUCAACCAAGAAAAAUUGAAAAGCUCGAUCAAAGAAUUGGUGGAAGAAAAGAAGGAGUUGUCCAUGCAACUCACAAAUGCCUUAUUGGAAAUAGAGGAGGAAAGAGCAAUUUGGUCAGCCAAUGAGAAAGCUGCACUUCUAGCCAUAGAAGCACAAGCAAGGUCAAAUAAUGAGAAAAUCACGUCAUUAUCAACAGAAUUAUCAGAGAAUCUCAAGAUCAAACUUUCCACUGUCACUGAAGAACGGGACAAAUUGAUAACCGAGAUGGAAGAUCAACAGAAACAUGUUAUAGAAGUGGAACUCCAGCUAAAACAUUGCCAAGAUGAGUUGUCAAGGGAAAAUGACCAUAUGAAGGAGCUCAGCGAUAAAAUUUCCAGCAUGGAAGUCCAAAUGCAUGCUGAUAAAGUUACAAACAUCAAUAAAACAGCUGAGUUUAGAAUGAUGCUCCGUGGAACACAAGCAAAGCUAGAUGCUCAUCGCUUGCGAUAUAAAGAAGCAAUGGAAGAAUUAGACGCAUCAAAAAUAAAGUACAAAGAAGCUUCAGAGAAGCUGAAAGACAUGCUACGUUCGCAGGGACUAGAGUUGAUGGACCUAAAGAAACAGCUAGCUGCUGCCAAAUGA